AUGGCGUCUGCACUGAGCCGCUCUGCGGGAAGGAUCAGGCUCGCCGUUGCUGCGGUGCCACAUCCAUCUUACGCAGGAACAUCCUAUUCCAGCACUCGCAGUCUUUCGGCAAGCGUUCGACGAUGGGAAGACGAGAAACCAAAGCACCCGUCAUCGUCAAGCGAUCCGUCCAGCUCAACCUCCGCUACCAGCGAUCAGGUCGGAUCCUCAAAUCAUUCAGACGACAGCUCCGGCUACAGACCGCCCUCCAAGAGCUCUGGCGCAUGGCCAUACGAUUCGACCUCCUCUACUGAAUCUCAAUCAUCGCAGUCGACUACCGAUGCUCCUUCCACCACGACCUCCGAUUCGAACCCUUACUCGGGCCUCUUCGACGGCAAUGACCCAUUCCCCACUGUGACUGUACCCAAGCUAGGAAAUGCAAGCACCUCCUCGUUGGACUCGCUGGCAUCAUCAGACAAAGCUUCCUGGCUCUCCGACCAGUUGGAUUCGCUCACGACGUCGCCUCGCACCCCUCGUGCCACAGCUCGCUCCUCAGCACCUGCCGACGAACGCAAAAAGCACUCAAUCCCUCGCUCAGUCCUCUUUGCCGACUCGGAAAACGCGCGUCGGUCGGACGACUUCAGGCCGCGUAAAACCUCGGCCACCAACGCACGCAAGCGCUUCGACCGCUCCCCUCUCACCCAGCAGGAAGCAAACGCCUUCAUGUCGCUGCUUAACUCUGCCCUCGCCGGCACUUCCUCCUCUUCUUCUUCUUCCACCGACAGUACUGCCGCCUCUCCAUCGGCCGGUGAAGCAACAGAACACACGCCGUUCGGCAGCUACACGUCGCUCAUCAGCGAUCCGAAGACACAAUCCGGCAGUCGAGCGCUCCUGCAAGCCUUCGCCAAGCGCAACCGGCUCAAGCGCUUCGAAGAUGCACGGGCGCAGCGGGCCAAGCGCUUCGUUCGCGAGGGUUUGGCCGCGCAGAUCGACCCGCUGCAGCUGGAAGCGGGCAUCGACGAGGCCAGAGAGCAAAUCGCCAUGUGUGAGAACCUCGCCGAGCUACUGACAUGGACAAAGCAACAAGUGUGGGGAAUCGGCGCUACGACAAUGACACCAUCGCAGCCGGAACAGCUGGCAGAUAUGCUAUCCUCGACAUCGCUCGACCCCAGCACGCCGUCCACCGCAGAAGCUGCAGAAGGGGGCCCGAGAUACGGCAAAGACACGCCGUACUACGCGUCGGUGCUGCACUUCGUCUUCCUCGCGAUCCGCGAUCGGUACCGCUCGCCACAGACCGCGCUGUGCGUCCCGCGGACCACGCGCGCGCUCGGGAUCGAGAGCUACGUCCUCGGCAUGACCGCCUCGCUGUACAACGAAGUACUCAAGACGCAGUGGGACUGGCUCGGCGACCUUUCGGGCGUCGUCUCAACGCUGCGCCAGGCGCGCGAAACGGGCAUCCUCGCCUCCACUAACGCUGCCGGAUCCACGCGUCUGUCGAGCAGCGAGGACGACGCGAUCCGCGAGACGGUCGACCGCAUCGCCAACGACGUGCGCCGGUACGUGCUCGACCAGCAGAUCUCGACGGACCGCGCUCACCAGAUCGACGCGCUCUCCGCCAACACCCGUGCUGCCGGCAAGAAGACCGAGGGCGUGCGCGGUUGGAGCCAGAACUGGCUCUUGGCGAAUGCAGAGGAGGCGACCGGUCUGGCUGGCCAACCGCAUAGGCUGACGGUGGAGAAGAGGUCGCGUUUCGACCCCUCGUCGGCGGAGGAGAGAGAUGCGCGUGCGAGAUCCGGCGGUGGCGGUGGCGGUGGUAGGUUUAGCACUGAACGAAGGCUUGAAAGGAGAAGCCCCGACAGCGAUAGAUUCAGCAGAGGCAGGGAGACAAGGUCAGCGGCGCGGUACGAUUCGUCGACUUCGUACAAUUCGCGCUCGACGAGAGCCUGGUAA